AUUUUUCGUCGCCCGGUGUUGGCCUAGGUUGUAUGAGGCUGACUCUGCAUACAAUCUAUGCUAAGGGUUUUUAUGAAAAAAAGUUUUCAUCUUCGCAUUCUUGAAAAACCUCGUCCUUGUCUGGUUCUUGUGUGCAUGUUCGUUGUGUCGAGGAAAAUCAUCUUUGAAAGAUAUUGACACAACUGCGAACUCUGUUCCUUGCCAACAAAAUGGCUAGGUACUACGGACCGAGGCCGGAGAAUGCGCUCAAAGAAGCUAAUGAUCUCAUUCAAGUAAGCAAGAAUGAAAGAGCUCUUGACACUCUGCUAAAGAUAUUCAAUAAAAAAUGGAACAAAAACUGGGACGAAUCUGUUCUUGAACCAAUUGUAUGCAAAAUCUUAAAACUCUGUGUAGAGCAAAAGAAACCUGCCAUUGCUAAAGAGGUUCUGUUCCAGUACAGAAAUAGGUUCCAAGCUGUGAAUGUCAUCAGCGUAGAAAAUGCUUUUAUGUUUUAUUUGCGCCUGGCUAAUGAAAAAACAGAAGCAGCUCGAAAGCAAAGUCAACAAGCUCUAAUUGACAUUGAUGAUCUUGAUAAUAUGGCUACUCCAGAAAGUAUUUUACUUUCUGCUGUCAGUGGCAAUGAUGACAAAAGCAGAAGUGAUAGAGCUGUUUUGACUCCAUGGGUCAGAUUUUUGUGGGAAUCUUACUGUUUAUGUAUAGAGCUGUUAAAAACUAAUGCACAUUUAGAGAUUUUGUAUCAUACUAUUGUUUGUAUGACUUUUGCAUUUUGUUUGGAGUAUGAACGCAAGACUGAAUUCCUAAAAUUAUGCACAAAAUUGCGCAAACAUCUGGAAUAUAGUAAAGUACCUCAAAUGCCAUCUAAUAUCUCCAUCAACAAAUUAGAAACACAAAAACUCAAUCGAGAAACUAGAAUGAUGCAAUUCGAGGCAGCUAUUCAAAUGGAACUCUAUCAAGAAGCCUACAAAACCAUUGAAGAUAUCCAUGGUUUAAUGAGUAUUUCUAAAAAAUUGACAUUUCCAAAAACCAUGGCCAAUUACUACCAAAAGUUGCUAAUAGUUUUCUGGAAAACAGACAACCAUGUAUUCCAUGCAGGAGCUUUGUUGAAAUUGUUCAACUUGUCACGAGACAUGAAGAAAAACAUGUCCUCGAAGGAACUCCAGGAAAUGGCUGAUAGAGUUAUUUUGGCCAUUCUAUCAAUUCCGUUGCCAUCUGUUCAUCCAGAAUUGGAUUGUUUUAUUGAAACUGAUAAAAGCCCCCAAGAGAAAAUGCAAAAGCUUGCUGCAUUACUUGGAUUUCUCCAACCUCCUUCCAGAGCUUCUUUGCUAAAGGAUAUUGAUCGGCUCAAUAUAUUAUCCCUUGCUUCCCGUCAAAUUCAGGACCUUUACAACUGGUUGGAAGUGGAGUUUCAACCACUUGAACUGUGCAGUAAUGUUGAAUCUGUUGUCGCCCAACUGCGUCAAGAUGAAUCAAGCCCAUUACUGCAGUAUAUUCCAGCCUUGCAAGACUUAACACUUGUUCGAUUUGUUCACCAGAUUUCGCAAGUCUACCAAACGAUUCAAUCAACAAGAUUGAUUGAGUUGGCCAAAUUCACCGACGUCUUUCAUCUCGAACGUCUUCUAGUUGAUUGCGUACGUUACAACGACAUGCAGAUACGUAUCGAUCAUGGCAAGAAAAGCAUCCAUUUCGGAGUUGACUUGUCCGAGGCCCAACGCGAGGAUCGUCCCGAUGGUCCGGUGUUGCAAGCUAUGCCAUCCGAGCAGAUCAGAUGUCAAUUGGUCAACAUGGCUACGGUGUUCCAUCGCGCCAACGAUAUCAUUAAUCCAAACAAGAAGAAACAAGAGCGCGAAGAGCUCCGUUCACGGAUGGUGCAAUACUAUCACGACACGAAGGGGGAAGAACACCAGCGUAUUCUUGGGCGUCACAAGAUCAUCGAAGAGCGCAAGGAGUACAUCGAGCAUAUGCACUACGUGCGCGAGCAAGAGGAAGAGCAUCGCCAAGAGGAGAUUCAACGUCAACAACGAUUGGCCGAACUGAAGCGCCUCGAGCAGGAGAGAGAAGAGCGAGAACGCAAACGUCAGCAGUCCGAGAUUCAGCAAGUCAAGGACCACGCGUUGAAGGAAAAGAUGCAGCAAAUCUCGCGAACGAGUCACGGUCAGAAGUUCCUGAAAAAGCUCGAUGAAGAUGAAAUCAAGAAGCUCGAUGCCGAGCAAAUCGCUGCUCGCGAGAUGGAAGAAUUGCAAAAAGAGCGCAAAGAGACUCUGCAAAAGCUCAAGUCUCAAGAGAAAAAGGUCGAUUACCUGGAGCGCGCCAAGCGCUCCGAGGAGAUUCCUCUCGUCUUCAAAGCUAUCGAGGAAAAAACCGAGCGAGCGAAACAGCUCUGGGAACAGCAAGAAGCUGAACGCAUUCGAGCCGCUGUCGAGGAGCGUAACCGGAUGAUGGCUGAUCGCGAGCGACUCGCAAAAAUGCAAGAGGCAGCCAGUGGCUUUUUAGAAAGAAUCAUGGUCAACCGUAAGCAACUUUACAUGGAAAAAUUGGCCGCCUACGAAGCGAAGCUCGAGCAAGAACGCGCCAAGCGUUUGUUGCAGCGGAAGAUUCGGCGAAAGAUCGAACGCAGGCUCCAGUGGGAAAGGUACAUCAUCGAGUCCGCCGAAAAGAAGAGAGCGGAGGAAGAGAGAAAGCGGAUGGAAGAAGAGAGGAAGCGCAUGGAGGAGGCGAGGGCUCAGCGAGAAAUAGUGGAAAAUGCACGAAGACGAGAUGAAGAGAUCAAACAAGCCGAGAGAUUGGCUAAACUCGAAAAACAAUCCGAGAUCGAUCGACGACUUGCGAGUGAGAAAAAAUUGGAAGAUACAGAGAGAGCCAGACCUCAAUCUUCCAGUUGGAGAAGGAAUGUGGGAGGAGAAUCUGGUGUUGACCGUAGCAGCUCUUGGCGUAUGAAACCAAGAGAUCGCGACAUACGGUCAAUGGAGAACUGGAGAAAUGCGCCUAAGAACUAACAACCGCGCACCGGUUCGCGAUUUAUCAAAUCGAAGAGAUCGAAAAGAGAGAUCUUCUAAAAGAAAAGGAAACAAUAAUUAUGUAUUGAUGAAUUUAUUGUUGAUUUGAAUAAAUUGUUUUUUCACUUGCA